AUGGCGCGGAUCUUCCUCACUCUAGUUACUGCUGCGAUAUUUUGCUUUUCUUACUCAAAUGCCCAGUUCGAGUUUUUUGAACAAAUGUUCUCCAAUCACCACGAACAACAACACCACCAACCGCAAAAUAGCCCCCCAGAUUCUGCGGGUUACCAAACAGCUUACGAAGAUACAUACUGCACUAAUUACCUGUGUCCCGAUACCCUAGCCUGUGUUGAAUCUCCAAAUAAUUGCCCUUGUCCACACCCCCGUGUCGAAGAGAAGUUCGUUAUAGGAGAGGGAAAAUAUCUCUGUAUUAGUAAGGGAGGGUUUAAGCCUGGAGAAGCCGCAAGAAAAGUCGAACUAGCCAGGAAAGGAUUACUGUGA